UAAAACCAAGUCAUUCAGCUUCUCAGAGGCAACGAUGGCAGUUCCAGUAGCUGCGUUACAACUGAGCACAUCAUCCAGCCCGGUUCUUCUGGAGCACAACAUUCACAUCAGCGACAGAAAUUUGGGAAGGAUUUCAAGUGACAACGAAAUCGACAUUCUGCCUUUACACUCUCCGUGGACUUUCUGGCUCGAUAGAUCCCUACCAGGAACAACAGCCGCCGAAUGCGAGUCAAACCUGAAGAAAAUCUACACCGUGGAGACUGUACAGAACUUUUGGCGAGUCUACAACAACAUACCCGGCGUCUCCAGCCUGCCGCUGAGGUGUAGCUAUCAUCUGAUGAGAGGAGAGAGAAAACCACUCUGGGAAGAAGAAAGCAAUGCUAAAGGUGGCGUCUGGAAAAUGAAAGUGCCCAAAGAAUGCACUUCUGUUGUGUGGAAGGAGCUGCUAUUGGCUACGAUUGGAGAACAGUUCAGUGACUAUUGUGCCUCAGAUGAUGAAGUUGUCGGGGUCAGCGUCAGCGUCAGAGACAGAGAGGACAUCUUCCAGGUCUGGAAUGGAAACGCCUCUUGUGCCAACGAGUCAAACAUCUUAGGGAGGAUCCAUGAGCUCCUCCCACAGAUCCCCUUUAAAGCGGUGUUCUACAAGCCACACGAGGAGCACCACGCUUUCGAAGGAGGUCGAUCAAGGCACUAGAAUCUUUUUUUGUUUUUUUGCUUAUGAACUUGUUUUGGAUAACAGUUGGGCACAUUUUCAAGCAGUUGAGUUCAUAGUUGCUUAAUGUGUCAUGUAGCCCCACACGUAUUAUGGAUGUCAAUCGAUGGGAGUUUUCACAUCGUUUGAGUAUUCAUAACAAUAUCCAAGAUAGUUUUAUUUUAGUCCGUAGUAAAUACCAUUUUUAGUUUUGAUUUUAUCUAUGGUGGUGUUUGUAUGUUUUUAUACUGCAAAAUUUUGCUAAACCAAAAAAACAGCAGAUCAUGUACAGUCACAUUUUUUUAGAUGUCCUAUGGCAUAUUUUGUGCAGUUUCCUGAGCACAGCUCUAGGUCUGUGAAUUAAAUCUCGUGUUUGGAUCUAAUUGGAGGCCUAGCUCCGCAAACUUUUAUCCUGACAAUACAUUGCAAGGCUUUUUUCUAGUUAGCUCUUUUUCUCUGUUUUGUAUGUUCCAGCCAAAAAUACUGUUUGCCUAUACUGGAGAACACAAAUGUUUAGUAUUCUGUUAUGCUAAAGUAUAAGCAGAGAAUUGCACAUUUUCUUUUUUUUAUUUACUUCUUUAGGACAUGGGUGGAUUGCUAAAUAAUUUUGUUCUUGUUACACUUAAAAAUGACCUCAGUACACAAAAUAUGUUGCGUAGAUGGCUGAGUAAUAUAUGCAAUCAUUUCUAUCCAGCAGAAUUUGCAGCAAUGUCGCAAUGCUGUGGUUGUCGUUUUGUUUCGGCAUACGUCCUAAAUCAAGCACUUUGUUUCUUAUCGUGUAUGAGGCACCAGACAGUCCCUCCAGGAUUAUAUGGACCUGUGAUGACUGCGACCAAAUCCACUUUGGGUUUGUGUCAAUAAGUGUAAAGUUGUUUUUGUCCAUGUUGUCCUAGUCUUCUUUUUUUUCUGCUUUUAAUCGUAAGGAACGUUUAAAUUGUGUAUUUUGUGUAUACAUAUGGCCUGUGUUGACAUUACAUUUGUGAAGCCUGCCCUUUGUAAAUGAAAUUGGCCUUAGGAAAAGUGAUAGCCAAUAAACAAAACUUGACACGCAGAAAUGUAUGAGCCGAAGGGACAUGGGAAAAAAAAAAUCAUAAUAUUCUCACUCUCCUGGAGGGACUACUUUGAGCCCAAUUUAGUGUAAUUGGAAUGAUGCAAACCACUGCAGCAUGGUCCAAUCUGUAUGCAACAAGUGCAUCACGUUAAGUUAAUCAGAUUUUUUUUUUUUUUACUGCUGCUGCACAAAAAAACUAUUUCAUUGUCUCUCUCAAAUCAUAACUGUCCAGUUAGUAUUUUUUUCCCCAUGUGGUUUAACAAUGUAAAAGGCUGUAUUUGUAUCACUGAAAAUCGUAAGGGGAAAUGUUGACAUUCAGGAAGUUGAUUCAUUCGGGCACCUUCCCUGUGUGACAGUUGAUGAGUGAAACGGUGAGACUGACUACUCUAGAUUGUGUGGAGUAGAGCGGAUUUGUUUUUUGUUUUUGUUUUUUUGUUUAGUACUACCUAGGACAUUUCUGUGUUGCUACGGAGCGUGUAAUGAAACACCACAGAAAGAUGUGCUGCUGUGAUUUCUCAAUCGAGUCCAAUGUUUCUGCUGGAGAGUAUUCAGUGGAAGUAGUUUUCAGACCGACGACUUUGCCAAACUUGCUUAUUUUUCCCUCUUUAUUCUGUUGUUUGUUGAUGUGACAAUGUUAUAAGCACAUACUGUAGAAUAAGAGAGUAACAAUACUGUACAAUUGCACAUACACACACGACCACUCACUUCGAAUCUCAGACCUUGUAACUGAUUGUUGAUCUUGGAUGGUGCCUUGUGUUUACCAGCAGUUUAGAAUGUCAUCUGCGUUCAGCAUGUUGGACUUGUAAAUAGUCAUGUUUGUCUGUUAGUUUUACACGUGUUUGAGAAAUAAAGACGCCUAAACCUUCACCUUUUGCUGUAUUGGAAAACGUACUGUAUGUCUCAUGACUCGUGAGAAUAUCAAUAAUGCAUUGAAUUAAAAAGAAGAAAUUAAAAUGAA